UGUCAUCACCGUUGCGCGUAGCUUGUCAGCAAUCGUACUCCCCAUCAACCCACCGACCCGAUCGUUGAAGGCGUUUGAGAAUACCGAUCUCAUCGUUUACAUCUCUGUGUACCCCGGAGUUUGAAUACAGUCGCCAACUGUUGUUUUUCAAUUUUACAAUUUUAUUUCAGACAUAUUCCUUUUUUGCUAUUAUUAUUACCUACCUACCUACCUACAGUAUUCAUUCAGCCUCUCAGGACGGGACUACUUUAAAUACAACUCCGGCCGACAUACAUAACCCUAAUAACUUGGAACUUUGUAAUCGUACAUUGUACAUACCUAUUCGCUCAUUCGCCUAUUCGUCUAUUCGUCCUAUCUUGCGUCGCCUCCACAAAGUACAUAUCAUCAUACACCUUCGGCCUUCUUACGUACCACCCCCCGAGUUUUGUUUGUUCUUUGGUGGACACGAUUCCUGUCCUUCAUGGCUUGCAAGUCGACUGGAAGAUGAACUCUAUCAAUAUAAUAUCCGCGCGCGUCUCCCCGUCCUCAAGUCCCGCCCCGUCGCGAUCAAACUCAUUAAGCCAUCUUGGUUUAGCUGUUGCCCAGUCCGAUGAAAGCCCAACGUCCUCAGAGGACACAUCGCCCAACGAAAAAGGCACCACUAACUCCGAAUCCAACGAAAGCGCGUUCACUAAGGACGACAGCCUAGCCCAUUUUCAGAGCGCGGAUGAGAAUACUCCUUUAUUAGAGAGGAAUGAUACCAAGGAUACGAAUAUCCGGUCCUAUUCAUGGCAUGCCAUUCCUGGGCGCAUAGCAAAUAGCUUCGUGAACUCCAUCCGCCUCAUCCUAUCUACCAUAACUGCCCCUGGUGUCUACCUAGUUGCCUGCUUUUAUGACGAGCAAGGGAACUUUGCCCCCUUGCGACAACUCAAAAGUCUGUUUGGAAUCUAUGGAGGCGAUACGCGCAAGUUUGCCUUUGACUACCAGGAAAAUAUCACGGCUGGCAAUGAAAAGCAACAUUCGCCAAUACGGCACGGCCAACAUUCGAGAGACCAGCAUGCCCCCACGCCUUCUCGACCUGUACCUUCGUCGGGAACAUCAUCUUCGGGACUGUCGUCCGAGUCGGAAUCCGAUAUAACCAGUAGAAAACAGGGUGUUCGUCGGGUUUCCGCUUCUUCCGGUCGCCACACGCGCUCUAAGUCGACAGAUUCCACUGACGAAGUCGCACCGGCUAGACGGUCGAUAAGGAUCAAGUUAAAUAACGACGAAGCCAUGCGACAGCGGAAGCAUAAGAAGACACUCUCUACGAGUGGUGGUACCGGUACCACCGGUGCCGAAGCCUCGAAAGAUCUAUCAGCACAGCUCAAAUCUCCCACAUCUCCGGUUGGGGCUUUGACGAAGUAUCCCAAGACUCCUGCUCCUCCUAGACCAUUAAUACCCAGACGACAACCUUCCUUCGUCCCCUACGAACCUCUGGACCCCAAACAUCUGAAGACUCUGAUAUUAGAUCUAGACGAAACCUUGAUACACAGCAUGUCAAAGGGUGGCCGAAUGGGCUCGGGUCACAUGGUCGAAGUGCGGUUAACUACGACAUAUGUCGGAAGUGGUGGACAACAGGCUCUUGGGCCUCAGCAUCCCAUUCUGUACUAUGUUCACAAACGGCCGCACUGCGACGAAUUCCUACGAAAGGUUUGUAAAUGGUUCAACCUUGUCGUAUUCACAGCGUCGGUGCAGGAGUAUGCCGAUCCGGUCAUUGACUGGCUGGAGUCGGAGAGGAAGUUCUUCUCUGGGCGAUACUACCGACAGCACUGCACGUUCAGACACGGCGCAUUCAUCAAAGAUCUUAGCUCCGUAGAACCAGACCUGAGCAAGGUCAUGAUUCUAGAUAACAGUCCGUUGAGCUACAUGUUCCAUCAAGGUAAGAACUUCCCCUGACCCUUGAAUAUCGGGGUUCCUGUUUUUUAGUGUCGUUACCUGUGAGCUAACUUGAUACUCGAUACAGACAAUGCGAUUCCCAU